AUGAAGAUAGCUUUAGGUUCAAAAACUAAGCUAGGAUUUAUCAGUGGCAAAUGUAUUAUGCCAGAUGAAGAUUCUGAUUGCUAUGAACAAUGGAUUAAGGUUGAUUGUAUGGUGAUUUCGUGGUUAUUGAAUUCAAUUUCUAAAAAAUUAUCAGGAGCUUUUUUGUGUGAAAUUUCAGCAAAAAAACUUUGGGAUGAUUUGAAACAGAGAUAUGGACAAAGUAAUGGCCCAAUGCUUUAUCAAUUGGAAAGGGAAAUAGCUUCAAUUUCUCAAGGGAAUAAUGAGAUUUCUGUGUAUUUUACUAGUUGCACAUGUGGAGCAAUGAAGAACUAUAACUGUGGAUUGGCUAAGUCCAUAACUGAACUUAACUCUCAAACAAACUCAUUCAGUUUCCGAUGGGAUUGA